CCCGCCUCCGGGCGACAAUGUGGCGGCUGAAGUUGGACCCGGGCGACGAUGUGUUCGAUGAGGAGGCGGAUGAGCUGCGGCUGCCGCGGAACGAGUGGAAUGUCUGCAUGGGGAACAGACUCAAGGAAGGCUAUCGGGACGGGCUCAAUGCUGGCAGAGAAUCUACGUUACAGCACGGUUUCAAUAAAGGCUACCAGGAAGGUGUGAAGAAGAUGUUGAUCCCUGGACAGAUGCGAGGGCUUCUGAGUGCACUGCUGUCAUGGUGUCACCUCAAUAAAAAUGAUCCUAAUCUCCUGUCCAAAGUAAAUCAACUCCUUGAUGUUGCUACCCAACAGGAAGAAGUUAUUUUUAGAAACCUGAGUUUACCCACCAGGGAAACCAAUGUCAGUGAUGUGACCGAGUGCAUUGAGGACAUGGGAUUGGACACUGGACCAGAGCAGCCGGAUAGGGAUCAUUCCAAUGAGGCUGUGAGCAAAAACUGCUGCCCUACUGCCAGUGGAACGGGACAACAUGAUCCUGGAACAAACCGGACUGGUUUAGUUCACCAGACAUGCGGCAGAAAAUCAUCAGGAAUUAAUGAAGCAGAAAUGGUUCAGCAGCUUUUUCGAGACUGCGAGCUCUUGCUGAAAGACUAUCAAAUACCAGUGGAUAUAGCGCAUAUUUUCAGUGACAGCCAUAUCUGUCAAUAAAUGAGUCUAUUCCCUGCUGGGGACUUUUGUAAAGUAGGAAUAGUUGAGAAUAUUCAAUAUCUGCUCAGAUAUUUAAAUUUAAUGAACAGUAGUUUCAAAUAAUAUUUGGUUAUGUUGUGUUUUAUACAAGAAAAAAGUCUUUGUGCAUAGUCAUCACCAGCCCCUGCCUACCUGCCAUGUAAGUGUAUGUAUGUAUAUAUAUAUAUAUAUAUAUAUAUGUAUAUUACACACUCAUACAUAUACACUUACACACACAGAAAGGCAUUGAAAAAUAGCGACACAGUAGUACAAUACUUUACCAAUGACCCGAGUUCAGUUCCUGCUGCUGCCUGUAAGAAGUUUGUAUGGUCUCCCCGUGACCACAUGGGUUUCCUAUGGGUACUCCAGUUUCCUCCCACAGUCCAAAGGGUUGGUAGGUUAAUUGCCACUGUAAAUGGUCCCGUGAUCAGGCUAGGGUUAAAUCGGGGGCUUGCUGGGCGAUGUGGCUCGAAGGAUCGGAAUGGCCAAUUCCAUGCUGGAUCUUAAUUUUUAAAAAAUGUGUAUAAAUGGCAAGCGAUACCCACCCUGCUCAUGGACUGUUUGUCCCCGCUAGGACCACCAGACUCAAAAAGUUACUUUCCCCAAACAGCAAGGCUGAUCAAAACCUUCAACCACUAACCCAGCCCUCCACACCCCUAACCACCACUAUUUUAUCAUUUCCUGCCAGUCACCUUAUGUACAGACACUCCUGUGCCUAGCGUCACUUUAUGGACGUACAAUCAGUCUAUGUACAUAAGCUGUCUUAUGUUUGUUUUUAUUACUGUGUUCUUUGUCUUAUUGCUUUUUUUUCCUGGUGCUGCAUCAGAUCUGGAGUAACAAUUAUUUUGUUUCCCUCUACUGUGUGCUGAAAAUUAAACUAUUUUGAGUCUUGAAUUUCUUUGUCUUGACUUAUCCUUUGUAACUUCCCUCCAGUGACCUACAAAUAUAGAUUACAGAACAGGAACAGGCCCUUCAGCCCACAGUGUUAAACUGGUAAUCGAAAGGCCAACUAAACUAAUCUCUUCUGCCCACCCAACGUUUAUAUCCUUCAAUUUUUUUCCUCACAUUCAUACGCCUAAUGUCUCUGCCAUAAACAGUGCAUUCCAGACAUCCACCACUCCGUGUACGAUAAUAAAAAAAAGUUGUCCCUCGCAUUUUAAGUUUAUUUAAAACAAUCAGUGCUUCCAGUGAGAAAAUCCAUCCUUAAGUGAUGUAUGGUGGGGCUCAUCAGCAAAAAUGAUGAAACAAUGUACAGGGAGGAGGUCAAUCACCUAGAGAGCUGGUGCAGUGAUAACAACUUGAUGCUUAAUGUCACCAAAACCAAGGAGAUGAUCGUCGAUUUCAGACGGUCUCUGCCUGAGCACCCACCACUCAGCAUCAGCGGCUCCACAGUGGAGAGAGUGGAAAACGUGAAGUUCCUUGAGGUGCAGAUCUCGGGACAAUCUCACCUGGUCCAGGAACACCACUGGGAUUGUGAAACGGGCCCAGCAGAGAUUGCACUUUCUGAGGAAGCUUAAACAAACAUCACUCCCCACUAACAUCCUAACUACAUUCUACAGAGGCGUGGUUGAGAGUGUGCUGACCUUUUGCAUCACAACCUGGUACUCCAGCUGCAGUGCUGUCGACAAAAAAGCCUUGCAGAGGGUGGUUAGGGGAGCAGAGAAGGUUAUUGGGGUCUCCCUACCUUCUGUCCAAGACCUCUUUCAGAGUCAAUGCCUCCAGAAGACAGGGUACAUCAUUAAAGACCCCUCACACCCUCUCCAUGAACUGUUUGUUCUUCUGCCAUCAGGUAAAUGUUACAGGAGCAUCAAAACUAAAACCACAAGGUGACUAAACAGCUUCCUCCCACAGGCAGUCAGACUGCUAAAUAGCUGCUCUACCUGACUCUGCUUUGGACACUUUUAACUUGCACUAGACACUUAUAACUUGAUUUUAACUGACAUGUGGCUGUUGUGUUUUACUAUUUAUUGUUAUGUUUAUUAUUUAGUAUCACGUUUGUUAUGUUAUGAUUGCAUUGCUCCUGGGAAACGCUGUCUCAUUCUGCCCUGCAGAGCUGAUGUACGGUUAGAAUGACAAAGUUUUUUGAAUCUUGAGUGUAGCUUGGAGACAUAGCCAAGUUCCUCACAUGUCCCGAAGAAGGGUCUCACCUCGAAACAUUGACUGUUUAUUCCCCUCCAGUAUUUUGUGUGUGGUGCUCUGUGACAUCACCUGACCCAAUGCCACAGCUGUUUAGCCAAUGAGCUCUCUUACAGUGAAUUAUAAUUGAUUUUCUUUAAGAAUAUUACCUCAACUGUAUCAAAUUGCUUUGCUUCCCAAUUUAAAGUUUGUAUCAUUCACAAUAAAUAGGCCCACAGUCGUCUGCUGUUAUUCAAUUAAAAUCACAGCUGAUCUGUCUGUAAUUUCAACUCCUCCAUCUGUCUAUAUCCACUAGAUCAAGUGGACAGCCAGAGACUUUUUUUUCCCCAGGGCAGAAAUUGCUAAUGCAAGGGGGCAUAAUUUUAAGGCGAUUGGAGGAAAGUAUUGGGAGGGAUAUCAGGAGGUUUGCUUUUUAGAGGGUUGUGGGUGCAUAGAACACCUUGCCAGAUCUAGUGGUAGGGACAGCUACGUUAGGGAGUUAAAGAAAUCCUUAGGCACACAGAUGAUAGGAAAAUAGAGGACUAUGUAGGAGUGAACGGUAAGAUCGAUUUUUUAAGAACAA